UGGGUGCCCCAAGCACCCCCAGCACCUUGUGCCAGGCGAUGCAGCCUCCGCGGGUGCAGGGAGCUGGGGCAUCCCUGUGGGUGCCGUCUGUCUGUGCCCACCCCGCUGCACGGAGACACCGGCAUUCCCCUGCUGCAACGGGAACGGCUGCCCGGGGACCCCGGUUGCCUUGGUUACAGGAUCACCGCCGCAGUUUCCAUAGGAACGGGUACAAGGGACCAGGGAAUUCAUUGGGAUGACAGAGAUGGAGCGAGCGGCUGCGGGGGCUGACAGCUCGUGGCUGUCGGCACUGGGCCCCCCAGCCAGCCAGUGUCCCCCACUCCCCACGGCACCCACCCGGCCUCACGCUGCUGCCCGUGUCUGCCUGGCCUGGGGCGCAGCACUGUCCCAGCACCCUGAUGUGCUGGCCAAGGGGGUGCACGGGAGCUGGCGAGAUGCCAGCGUGCCCAACGUGCAGGUGACGAAGCUCACCCUGAUGUGCGAGCAGGCGCCGGGGCCCAUCACCAUGGACCUUACAGGAGACCUGGAGGUGCUGCAGAGCCGACCCUUUGUGCUGAAGGAGGGGGUGGACUACAGGGUGAAGGUGUCCUUCAAGGUGAACAGGGAGAUCGUCUGUGGGCUGAAGUGCCUGCACCUCACGUACCGCCGCGGCCGGCCGGUGGACCGCGAUGUCUUCAUGGUGGGCAGCUACGCGCCGCGGGCCGAGGAGUAUGAGGUGGUGACACCAGCUGAGGAGGUGCCCCGGGGCCGGCUGGUGCGCGGCUCCUACCGCGUCCGCUCCCUGGUCACCGACGAUGACAAGACGGAGCACCUCUCCUGGGAGUGGGGCCUGUGCAUAAAGAAGGCCUGGGAGGACUGACCCCCCCAGCCCCGCAGCCCCGCCUUCCGCCAGCUUGGGGACGUGGUUCCCGCGGCCCCGGGGACCCCUUGCUGCCCGCCGGCGCUGCCGCGCUCGCCCCAUUCAUGUUAAGGUGUGGGGGGGUCCCUUAGCAAGCGGGCACCCACGGUCGUGGUCUUCGCAACCAAAGUUAUUUUUAAUUGCUGUUUUUUUUUAAUACUGACGCCCGACUCGUCCUUGCGGCAUCUCCAUCGCUGGGUCUGUGGCUGUGAACCUGCUGUAGCGCUGAGCGGGGCCUGCCUGGCCGCGUGGGACGGGACUGCCGCGCAGUGCCGAGCUGCCGGCCCUGUCCGACUGCCCGGUGGCAGGCUGUGCUCUUCCAUCGCCAUUAAACCGUACAGACUUGUCUCUUA